CAGGGUCUGGGGAGAGCGGAUAUAGUGAAUGCAGGGUCUGGGGAGAGCGGAUAUAGUGAAUGCAGGGGUCCGGGGAGACCGGAUAUAGUGAAUGCGGGGUCCGGGGAGACCGGAUAUAGUGAAUGCGGGGUCCGGGGAGACCGGAUAUAGUGAAUGCAGGGUCCGUGGAGACCGGAUAUAGUGAAUGCAGGGUUCGGGGAGACAAGAUAUAGUGAAUGCAGGGUCCGGGCAGACCAGAUAUAGUGAAUGCAGGGUCCGAGAAGACCAGAUAUAGUCAAUGCAGGGUCCGGGGAGACCGGAUAUAAUCAAUGCAGGGUCCGGGGAGACCGGAUAUAAUCAAUGCAGGGUCCGGGGAGA